ACAUGGCGGCUGUACGACUGUCGUUUUCCAAGUACCACGGGCUGGGCAAUGACUUCGUGCUUCUAGACAACACCCAAGGGUCCGUCACACUCUCUCCCAUCCAGCGACGUUCCAUGUGUGACCGAAGGUACGGGGUGGGGGCGGACGGUCUGAUCAUACUGGGAUACAGCAAGGACCACGCCUUUGACCUUCACUAUUUCAACAGUGACGGUGAGGUGGGGUCACUGUGUGGUAACGGCUCACGGUGUGGACUGGGCUUCGCUCGCAGAAAGGGACUGAUUGGCGAUAUACGGAUCACGUUUAAUGCUUACGACGGUGUCCACUACGGUCAGUAUUUGCCAGUGGAUGAUAAGUAUUGUGUCAGCAUGAAAGAUCGGAGAUUUGACGACAUCGAGGAACUGGAUAGAGAAAACUACUUCCUGGAUACAGGGUCCCCUCAUCAUGUGCGUUUUGUUGAUUCUUUGGAUAAAUGUGACGUCAUGAAAGAGGGGAGACAACUGCGGUAUGGAAAAUAUGGUGAUGUGAAUGGAGCCAAUGUAAAUUUUGUUGAAAUAAAGGAGGGAGCUGUUUGUGUAAGAACAUACGAGAGGGGCGUGGAGGAUGAAACCGAGGCUUGUGGGACUGGGGCUACUGCAGUUGCCUUGGUAAUGGCCCUACGUCACAUCCGGUCACAAGAUGGUUGCCGUGAUCAGCAUCUUAAAUCGUCUUGUGAUAUCACGAUGGGUCGGGGAAUAUUGACAAUAAAGUACGACAUCUGCAGAGACGUUUUCACCAACAUCAUGUUGAUAGGUGAAGCUGUUCAUGUAUUUGAUGGUGUGUUUUAUUUACCCUAAGGCAAGAAACAAUAUAAAUCUCACGUGAAUAUAACAUCGUAAUAUACUAAUACAUGUAAUUAUCUCGUCAUAGGUUCACCUGUGAGCAAUAAAAAAAUCGGAAAACAAUGAA